GCUACGACUUCGACAAAGAAGCGCAAGCUGAUCAAACUAGAGGAGCUCACCGACAUGGACAGUUCGCUGCAAAGACCUCUCUUCACGUACGCGUCGUCGGGUUACAAGCGACUCGCCUCCAUGCUGAGAGACAGUGAAGAUCCAGUGUCCGUGAAUGAGUCUUUCAUGGGCGAAUCCAACGUGUCGUCAUCAGAAAUCGACUACCAGAAGACGACCGACGCGGAAUCCAACUACGGGUUUACCGGCUUUUCGAAAACGGACACAUUCAGCCGAAACCGAAGAGCGACCGAGAAGCUGGACCUGAUAUUAUUCCGCAAGAAAAGCUUCGGACGAUUCUGGAGUUUCGGAGUCAACUUGGAAGCAGUGACAGGCGAGGGAGGGACCACCUUCUACGUUGUCGAGAGCGUGAAGCGAGGCAGCCCGGCUCAGAGGUCCCAGAUUCUGGUCGGCGAUGUGGUGGUCGCCAUCAACGGCACCAAGCUCGCUGGACUGCCUCUCAACAUUGUUCGGAAGAUCAUGAACGCCUCCGGGGACCAGCUCGUCCUCACCGUGCUGUCGUCCAGUCCGUACAGAAUCAUAAACACCAGGCAGGACAUGAACAACAUCCUUCAGUCAUGUGGCCGACAGACGCUAACCCUGUCUCUAGUGCGAGCUGGAUGCCGCAAAGGGGCGUGGUAUGGUUUCACAACAUUCGAGGCGAAAACCUGGGACCAGCAGCAAAAGGCUUUCAGCCGUCUGCAUAUUGUACAGCCUAUGCGUACACGUACAGCGCGAGCCUUUAAAAACUCGCCACCCGUUUUUCCGAACGGAUGGAUCCCAGUUCUUGAGUCUGCGCAGCUUCAGACAGGCGAAGUGAAGGCUCUCAACGUCAUCGGCUUAGAGCUGGUAGCAUUCCGCACCGAAGACGGCGUUGCGCAUAUUAUGGACGCUUACUGCCCCCAUCUGGGUGCCCACCUGGGGGUGAUGGGCCGCGUGGUGGGAGACUGCAUAGAGUGCCCGUUCCAUGGGUGGAGGUUCCAAGGAGACACCGGCGCUUGCACACACGUCCCAUACGCUGUGAAAGUUCCGGAGUUCGUGAAGGCCACGAAAUGGGAGUCACGCGAAUCCCUCGGCCUGGUGUUCGUGUGGUAUCACGCGGAUGGCGCGGCUCCUUCAUGGGAGCUGCCGGACGUGGCCGAGAUCGAGAAGGGCCUCUGGAAGCAGGAGCACCGCUUUGAGCACAUCGUCGAGGCGCACAUUCAGGACAUCGCUGAGAACGGCGCCGAUCUGGGCCAUUUUAAUCAGAUUCAUCGUGCCUCGUGCUUCCUAACCAGCGAACAGUUCCAGCGCACACUCGGAGACUCCUGGUGGGGCCGCUUGGUCAACCACUCCUGGCAGGCUACCUGGACUCCGCACGAGCACACGGCUUCGGUAGACGUGGCAGCGUGUGUGUCGGUACUCGGCACGUGCCCCGACUUCCUCAAGCACCGCGUCCAGGUGCUCCAAGUGGGGCCCGCUCUGGUGCUGGUUCGCAUGCAUAGCCGCCACGGCGACUGCCUCAUCAUCCAGUCGCUGACACCACUGGCGCCCUUCCGAGUGCGCCUUGUCCAUCGAUUCUACCCUGAGCCCCAGCUACCUUGGAUCAUCCGGCGCCUGAACGUCCUCGGCUUCAGGCAUAUGGUGGAGAGGGAUAUAGCUGUUUGGAAUCACAAGACCUACCUGAAGCAGCCUGCCUUGGUCAAGGAAGACCGAACGAUUGUGUCCUUCCGAAAAUGGUUCUCUCAGUUCUAUAGUGAAAGCAGCCCCAAGUGGCGCGAGGUUCUGGAAAUGAGUCUGGACUGGUGAACCCAAUGAAUUCAGUGUAGACAAAAAAAAAACUGUUUCAGCGUCACCUUGCAUGUGUUUUCACAGCAGCUUUUAACUCGGCUGUCUUCUUGCAGCUGCAAGCCAUGUCACUGAAAACGCGGAACUGACACCCUCCAACAGUGGCAUAGCUAGA